AAGAGAAUUGGAUGAAACAAUGAAUAGCAUAAAUUUGUAUUUUUCAAGUCAAAAUGAACAAAUCUGAUAGAAAAAGACCAUGCUGCCAUAUCUUCGACAAAGAACCUCAAGUAAAUUUUUCUAGUUCAUCGUCAGUAUGCACUAGUUUUAGGUCUCGUAAACUUAUUUAACACAACCACAUAAAGGAGGGGUUCACGAGCCAUAAAUGUUGAUAAAAGUACUUAACCGCUGGCGUUAAUAUUGUCAGCAGAAUGGCGCAUCAAUCCACAGAAUGAGGAGGCAUGAAAAUACAAAAAGUUUCAAGUCUUCUAAUCAAGUGACUUGAGUUUUUUUUCUUAAAUAAAUAUUGUCUAUAUCCAUUUGACAAGAGGUGGUUAGUCAUUUUAACUCAACUUCACAAGCAGAAAUUCCUUGUUUACUAAUACUAUACGAAAUGGUUAAGAAACAAACAAGGAAUUAUUUUAUUUCUCGGUCUACUGUCUUUUAUUUUUCUCAUUUCUAAUCCUAUUGCUUGACAAAAUUUCACGGGCAAAAGAAUUUGCACCAUUUUCCUACUCAUAAUCACCUCAAGCAGGAAGUGAGCUCAACGAACAAAUUCUCUUUGCAAGGUAUUGUGAGACCUCCCAUUAAUUGAUCAAAGCCAAACUUUUAUAUAGAUUGACUUAAGUAUGAUAUUGGCACGAUAAAUCACUCUUUCUGGCUCUCCUACAUAUACUGCGCAAUGUCCUUUUGGAACAACUCCAGAUGUAUCGAAGACCUCCUUAGAAUUUGAUUAGCGUGAAUAAAUGGAGUUAUUUUGAUACCCAUUAUCGCAAGAAAUAAGAUGUAACUCUAACUAAUGAAGGGAAACAAAGAACUUGUGUUUUGUUGACAUGUUUGGCUUUGAAAUAUAUAUAUAUAUAUACAAGCUUAUCACAAGCUUCAUAUCAAAUAUUACUUGUGAGACAAUGGCACAUGAAGCUUCACAUGGCUUUGCUUACUCUAUUACUAUCAACUACUCAGACAAUAAAUAUGUUGAAGAGCAACAUUAGGCCCCAGAUUUAUUUCACGAAAUAGAAUCAACAAAAAUUGAUGAAGUUGAUUGCCAAGAUAGAAAUCUAAAGGUCACCUAUCUACAUGACAAAGAAAAGAGCGGAACUUGGUUUUGCUUCUUACCAGAAAUUGUUCAAUUAAUGGUUUCAAACUAUUAGCAUUGAGAGAAGAAAGCAAGAAACUUAUCAUCAAUUAUUUUCAAACAAGCUGCAUCCACAAAUUUUAGGCCCCAUAUAGACAUGGACAACAGACAUUGGCACAUGGCUUUGCCUGCGGUGGUUAGUGACAAAAACUUAGCUCCAUUUUGUGUAAAUAAUCCCCCAUUCAUGAUCCUUUCUCAUCAUCAAGCACAAGAAUUAUCAAUUUAUCCAUCAAAAGUCUCUAAAUUUCUCAUUCACUUUCUUGUUACCAGUAUUCAAAGGAAAAAUGGAAAUGCUCAGCGCUAAGAAACUCAUCAAGAUGGCCAGGAAAUGGCAGAAGUUUGAAUCCAUGCAGAGGAAGAGAAUUUCAUUUCCAAGAAAUGGGAGUGAUGUAGAAAGGUGCAGUACUUUUUCAUCCUCUAUAGUCGAGAAAAACCAUUUUGUAGUAUAUACAAUUGAUCAAGCUCGUUUUGUCGUUCCCUUGGCUUACCUUGAAAAUGAGGUUAUUAGACAGCUUUUGGACAUGUCCGAAGAAGAGUUUGGGUUGUCAAGUGGUGGCCCUAUUACAUUACCUUGUGAAUCAGACUUCAUGGACUACAUCAUAUCACUAAUAACUACUGAAGAUCUUGUCAACGCGUUGCUCCUAUCAAUUCCUUCCUCUUGUUGUUCGACUUCUUCUUUGUGCCAAGAAAGUGGAAGACAACAGCUUCUUGUUUGUUGAGUGAAGGUUAAGAAUUUUGUUGUACAUGCUAGCUGAAAAAUAGUUUUUUAGACGGUAAAGAUUGAAGUGUACACAAUUGUAAAGCAAAUCAUUCACAUUGAUUAUUAUUUUUGUGAGAAAAUUUACCAUAUUCAAGACUUCUA